UUUAAAAGUCCACCAGGGCUCAGAAGUCACCAGCCAUGUCUGCCUUUCACCUCACACUCUUGCUUUUAGCAGUGAACGUGGCCUCCUUGGCUGCAUCCGGACCCCCCCAGGGUAAAAGGUCACUAAAUAACCUGCACGGAAUGAUCAAAUGUACCACAAGGAGACACUCUAUUGAAUAUAGUUCGUACGGCUGCUACUGUGGAGACGUGGGGAAAGGCAAGCCUAUAGACCAGACUGACCGGUGCUGCUUCCAACAUGGCUGCUGCUACGCUGGGGCCGAAAAAUUUGGCUGCAAGACUGACACGGACUACGACUGGUCAUGUAGAAACGGGACGGCAUAUUGUGGAAUCACUGGUGACAAGUGUCAGAAGUUGAUCUGCCACUGUGACCAAGAAUUCGCCAACUGCCUGAAAAAUGCACCCUACAAUUGGACCCCAGACUUGCAGAUCUCCCAGUGCUCUGGAAGCAAACCAUCAUGUUUCCAUAUAGGAAAAUGAUCUUGGUAGUCAAUGAAGACCAAUAGUAGCCACAUUCUUACAGCAAUAGUUUAUUCCUUUAAUCAAUGUGUGGGACACUGCAUGUCUUGUCAUUUUUAAAUUGCCUCCCAUCUCAUUUAUUUUGGUUUGUGUGGGAAUAUAACAAGCUUUUGGUCAAACGGGAAUGUACUGUAUUUGCAUUUUAAACUUUCUUCAUUGCUCUUAGUACAAUUACAAAAUGUGAUCAAUAAACAAAUAUGUAUGAAUGUUGGCUAAAUCAAAGUAAA